UCAGCGGCUUCGUCACUCAGGAAGUUUAUCGGUGAUGACACCUUUUGACGGAAAAUCCCUCAGCGGCGCAUAAAAAGUCCAAAAAUCUGCAAAUGGAAGCUAAAUACAAAUCUGCACAGUUGAGCGACAGACAGACAGACAGACCCACAGACAGACGGCCGCCCUGACAUACAUGGACCCCCGCACAGCAGCCCUACUACACUGCUUCCUGUUUGCAGUUCUGGUCCAAUCAGCUCCCAUCAGCUCACCGACUGACCUCACGCCGGCGUUCAAAGAGGCGGCCAAGCGAGCAAAAACGCUGGUGGAGAAAAUCCUGAGAGACAUCCCCACCGUGCACCGCAACACCGUCAACACCGAGGGCUUGAGCCUCGACCCGUCCAGCCAGAACACGAACCUGCACAUGAUGGUGACGUCACUGGGAAUCCCUGCCGCUCCCAUCCUCAAACCGCUGUCCGAACACUUCACUCUGGACAUGUAUGUUAGUCGGAUGUUGGUAGGCAGCCAGCUGUACCAGGGACUGCUGGGAGUUCUGUCUGACAAACUGAGUGGACUGAAUGAUCUGAGAGCUGACUUGAGAGACCUACUGACGCACAUCACCAAGAUGAAGGAGGCGGCUCAGCUCGAUGGUAACGUUUCCGAUCAGAACCAGAUCCCGGACUUGGCCUCUCGUCUCCAUGGAAACUACGAAGUGCAGGUGGCGAUCCAUGUGAUGCUGACGCAGCUGCAGUCCUUCUGUCAUGACCUGAUCCGCAGCCUGAGAGCUGCAGGUGCGCGGUAAGCCCCGCCCACUGAGGACACUGCCACAAUGCAUUUGAGGACACACAGGAGAGGUGGUGCAUCAUGGACAAGUUACUGAAGAGUUUCUCUGCUGAGGCCUAAAGACAAACAUUAUAUGAGGCUCCAGGAAAACUCUCAGUUCUUGCAUCCUUAAGAUCUUGAAGUACAAGCGGUUGUUUUUAUAUAAUUAGGUGCAGAACAGACUAGAAACUACUGGGCCAUCCAGCAGUGGAUAUCCAGAGACUGAACUGUUGUGGGAUCAGUCUGAGAACAACCUCAGAGGUCUGAGUGGCAGCAUGUCGACAGAACAACCAUCAGGCAUGUGAACACAGAAAGAGCUGAUUGUGUAAGUGGAGGUUCUGCAGGUCUGAACCUGCCGACUCACCUGAAAUCCUCCUGCAGCUGCAGGAAUUGUUACGGUACGGUGGAGGAAGGGGAGAAUGAAGCGCACAUGGAGGGCUGGCAGAGACAGGUUGGAAUUUAAACAGGUUUAUUUACAAAACCAGAACUACACAAAUUCUCAAAUUAAGGCUAAAGUUACUAAGGAAGGGAGGGGGUAGGGAGGAUCCCAGGGGCCGGCAGCCGGGGAAGCACAACCUGCCUCAAGUCCUCAACCUGCAAGUGUCCGAGAAGAUCAGAUCCGCACAUUUCCGAUCCAGCUGCUGGUCUUUGAUUCAGAAUCAUCCUGACAGUUUGUUAGUGCCUCCUGAAGACUCGGUUUAAACUCAAACUGGCUUUUUGUCAGAGAAUCAGACAGAACAGGCGUGUUCUGCACAUUUCAAUCAAAACUGUAAAAAUCACUCAGUCACAAAAUAAUCUGCAAUCAUUUAAAAAAAUGUUUCAACAACAACUAAACAUUUUCACAGUUUGCUGGAUCACUUUACCCCAAAAAUGGAAAAUAAUUGAAUAGGUUUAUCUGUAAACUUUAAGCAGAUAUCAAGAUGAACUUUAAAAUUACUCAUAAGUGUUUGUGAAAAUAGUCAAUAAUGAAACUGGCUAUUAGUCUGAUCACUAAUAUGAAAAAAUUGAGUUUAAUAAGAGAACAAAGCUGAUGAAUAAUUCAUCAAUAAUGACAGUAGCAAGUUCCUGUUGCUCUGUUACUGAAGCGCGUUUACAUGAAAUUACCUGCAGGUUAUUUAUGGUGCUUUUAUUUAUUGAUGAUAUUUAUUGAUGCUUUCUUUAUUUGUUGUUUAUCGACUUGUGUUUGUUUACAUGGUAUUUUAGAACCAACAGACAGAAAGUUACAAAGUAAGAAGUUUGUCUUAAGUUCAGCAUCAUGUUUACACAUCACCUGCUGUUUCAAAAGAAUGUUCUAUUUAUUUGUUUGUAUUUUAGAAUAAAAUAUUAUUUAUCAGUAUUUAUUUAAACAUAAAUGAUAAUAAUGUUUUUAUAUUAAAGAAUUAAACAUAUUUGUAUUUCCAAAUAGAAUAUUUGUUUUUAUGUUUAAGAAUAAAAUGCUAUUUAUUUUAGAUUCCAAAAGAGAAUAUUUAUAUCUUUCUAUUUUAGGAUAAAAUACUAAUUGUACGCCCAUAUUUCAGAAUGAAAUAUUAUUUAUGUCUGUCUGUUUCUAUGACUUAGCAUAUGAUGAUAUUUAAUGUUUUUAUUUGUCAGAAUAAAAUGAAGGGUUUGGAAGCAGUGGGUUCUAACCCACUUUCUGUAGUUGUUGAGAAAAAUGGAUUCAAAGUUUUAUGUUUUCAUGAAUGGUCUAACAUUGGAGGUGCCACUGUAACGCUAUAUUUGGGUUGUGGGUUAGACCACUCUAUCACUAAACUUUAGACCAUGAAAUAUUACAGAAAUUAUACAAACCUCAGUUUGGAUUUUUUGUGGGUUAGACCACUCUGCUUCCAACUCCGUCAAAUGUUGAAUGUAUCUAUAUUUCAAAAUAGAAAAUAUUUUGUCUUUGUAUUUCAGAAUGAAACUAGAUUUUGGGUACAUAUUCAAGAAUAUAAUGAUAUUUUGUUAUAUUUUAAAAUAAAGCUGUUUGUCUUUUAUAUUUUCUAAUAAAACAAUAUUUUUGGCCUUA